AUGGUUUUGGCUAAAUCCAAGAAGUCCGUGGGACUGGGUGCCAGUCUCAUGAACGAUCGGUUCGGAAAGGGUAAAGCAUCCGCUCUGAAGAAGGUCUCUCACAACAAUGCCAUCCAGCGCACAGGUGUCAAUGGCGAAACCUACGUCACCAACGAGGCAAAGGAGGCCUCAUGGGUCAAGAUGCGCAGUAUCACUGAGCAGGCUGCGCUCGAUGAAUUCCUGAGUACUGCCGAACUGGCCGGAACUGACUUUACCGCUGAAAAAAUCAACAACGUCAAGAUCAUCCACUCCGAUCAGAAGAACCCUUUCCUUCUCACCCCUACCGAAGAGAAGAAGGCUUUCAUUAAGCACCAGAAAAAUAAGGACCGCCUAACUGUUCCCCGACGACCCAAGUGGGACCAGUCCACAACUCGAAAUGAACUAGAAACGAUGGAGAAACAAAGUCUGUUGGACUGGCGACGAGGGCUGGCCGAGCUGAUUGAGAACCACGAUCUGUUGAUGACCCCAUUCGAGCGCAAUUUGGAGGUCUGGCGCCAGUUGUGGCGUGUCAUUGAGCGGUCCGAUCUUAUUGUGCAGAUUGUCGAUGCGCGAAACCCAUUGCAGUUCCGUUCGGAGGAUCUGGAGAGUUACGUUAAGGAGAUCGAUCCUCGAAAGCAGAACUUGCUGUUGGUCAAUAAGGCAGAUAUGUUGAGUCUGAAGCAGAGAGUAGCCUGGGCUGAGUACUUUGAGAAGAACAAUAUCAACUUCCGUUUCUUCUCUGCCCACCUCGCCAAAGAGAAGAACGAGGCCCUCGCUUUGCAGGAGGAGGAAGAAUAUGACUCUGAUGCUCAACUUGCCAAAUCGGCGCAAAAGAUCAACAUGCAGGUCCACGCCACUGAAGAUGAUGGAUACAAGAAGGAGGACACAGUGGAGGAAGAGAGAGCUAAGCUUGCCGACCCCGAGCGCUCGCUUGGGCCACAUAUUUUGGACACUGAAGAACUGGAAGAGCUCUUCCUGGCCAACUCCCCGGAAGCACUACCACAAGAUGGCGAGUCUGGCGAGACCAAGCGUAAGACCACGAUCGGUCUGGUCGGUUACCCCAACGUGGGUAAGUCCAGUACCAUCAACGCCCUUCUCGGUGCGAAGAAGGUCUCUGUCUCUGCCACACCCGGUAAGACCAAGCACUUCCAGACUCUCUACCUCUCACCCGAGAUUAUGCUGUGUGAUUGCCCCGGUCUCGUGUUCCCCAACUUCGCUACCACCAAGGCCGAGUUGGUCGUCAAUGGUGUGCUGCCCAUCGAUCAGCAGCGUGAGUUCACCGGUCCUGCCGGUAUUGUCGCCAAGCGUAUUCCCAAGCAUUUCAUUGAGCAGGUGUAUGGUGUGAAGCUUAGAAUGCGUCCCAUCGAAGAGGGUGGCACUGGCAUCCCCACUGCCAGCGAGAUUCUGCGUGCCUAUGCUCGCGCCCGCGGUUUCUCCACUCAGGGUAUUGGUCAGCCCGACGAGUCUCGCGCUGCACGAUACGUUCUGAAGGAUUAUGUCAACGGCAAGCUUCUCUGGGUCAACCCUCCCCCAGUUGCCGAGGACGAAACUCCAUAUGAUACCGUCGAGUUCAACAGCGAUCUAUAUGACCUCGCCCAUCUUCCCGAAAGACGCCGGGCUCAGCUCACACAAGCCAAGAUUGGAAAGCACACCCCAGUCGAAGAGGCCACUGCAGACUCUGCCGGUGGCGUCGGCUCGGAGAACCCCUCUGAGCAAGUCAAGAUUUCCGUCGAGCCGGAGCUUGGUCGCACCUCCCGCAACCUUGAUACAGGCUUUUUCGGCUCAGAAACUGGUCCCUCUGCUGGCCGUCUGACCCUCCCCUUCCAGGCUCGGUACACCCAACAGGGCCAGGAGAUGCGCAAGGCGCCAACAGGCCGCAAGGAGCGCAUGAUGGUUGCUCUUGAACGCGGCGUGGAUGUCUCCGAGGUGAAGGGCAACACCAACACCAAGAAGCACUUCAAGGCAAACAAGCGCAUGGCCAAGGCCAAGCGCAACAACCCUGAGGAUGACGACUACUAA